CGGGCCCAGGCUGCUAGGCCGCAAAGCCAGGGCCUGAAGGGCGCCAUGUUGCCCGUCGUCGCCGGUGUCUCCUCCUCCUCCUUUUCCUCCUCCUUGAGGCGGGGGCAGGACGAGGCCCGACGACGGCCAGGCGAAACCCACAGAGCUGAGACCAUUAAGAAGCUGCACAAUGCUGACUGAAGCUUUGGCACGGCAAGCAAACGUAUGGAAGAAAUUGCCCUCCUCCUGUGAUGGGCGCCGGCAUUUCUGGGGCUGGUUAAACAGUGUUUUCAACAAGGUAGACUACGAACGGAUCCAGGCUGUUGGCCCAGACAGAGCAGCUUCGGAGUGGCUCCUUCGGUGUGGAGCAUUUGUACGAUAUCAUGGAUUUGAUAAAUGGCAGCAAGAUUACAAUGGCCUCCCUACUGGGCCAUUAGGAAAAUAUAAGAUACAAGCAAUAGAUGCCACAGAAUCUUGCAUCAUGUAUAAAGGAUUUGAUUAUUUAGAUGGCCUGGAACAUGUUGAGGAAAUCAAAUUUUGCAAGUGCAUGUACAUCCAAGAUGACUGCUUACAGCGGCUCAGCGAGACCCAAAGCUUGCAGAAAAGUCUGCUACGCCUGUGGAUAAUUUCCUGUGGGAACGUCACAGACAAAGGUGUCAUUGCACUGAAUAAGCUCAGUAACCUUGAAUAUUUGUUCCUGAGUGACUUACCUGGGAUAAAAAACAAAGAAACCACGACACAGAUCCUUAGGAAAUCAAUGCCAGCACUGGAGCUGGAGUUAGACUUGGAAUAAAGGCAGUGCUAUACUGUUUGGCUUUUAUUGCAUAUUUACAUCUGAUGGAGACAUAAAAAGACUUUUGGAUUUGGAGCAAGGAUUAGCUACUCAGCUCACUGCUGUCUAUACUGCAGCUCUUCAUUAUCAGGUAGGGGCUUAACAGCCUUUGCAGCUUGAGAGACACUAAUGGGGUGGUGCAAUUGAUGGAUGUAGGCAAGGCCCUGAUCUCUCCCACUAUAUGAGGAUGUGAAACAUUUAAGUUUUCUAUUUGGUCAAGGUUCUCAUGAGACGUACGGACAUUUCUUAGUGGAACUUUUCAUUGAUGAAGUUGGUUUUAGAUGCUAAAUCCAGAAGCUGUUGGCACCUAAGAUCCACAUUAGAGACAAAGUCCUAUGAACUAACUCACAGAAAAGAUUUGUCUUAUGCACAGUCACCUUAAAACGUUUGGAGAUGCUAUAAUUUCUGUUUGGAGAUGCUAUAAUUCAAAACACCUACUUGGAUGUUUUGCCUCACAUUUCCAAGAAGGAAAGCACAUUAUUUAGUAAUCUACAGAGUAAAUUAUACAAUCAAAUGUUUGGUGAAGAGUCAGAGAGAGGGGGAUGUGAUAAGAAAAGACCAAGUAAUCAGAAUCCUCAUUCUAGUUUUGUUCAAAUAAGUCUGGCAUGCACUGUUUGAAUGCAGAGCUGAAAUGUAUAUGAUGUGAUUUUUCUGAGAGGAAGGAGCCAUUGGUACAAACUACCCAGAGGAAAGGUCCUUGCUGUCUUCAGGCAUGGAGGUUCGUUGAGCUUGGCACUUCUUGUGCACUUCCAGGGAAGGUGCUCUUCUUUUGGUGUUUGAUGCAGUAACAUGGAAGGCUCUUUGCAUCACUAUGUGAGAGGCCAGGAAUCCAAAGCUGAGAUCAGUUCAUACCAGAUCAAGGCAUGCAAGACUCAGAGACUACAGAGAAAAUGGCAGUAAAAACUUGAAAGCGAAGAUCACUGUUGUCAUCUUUUCUUAUAUAAAAUGCUUUGACAACUUUUCUUUCUAAGUGGUAUGACUUUAAUAAAAUAAACAGCAUUUAUUCUGA